AUGUUCCACCAGAUCCUAAUUCGUGCCGAAGAUCGGCAUUCGCAGAGGUUCCUGUGGCGGAAAGAUCCGUCGUGUCCCCCAGAAACUUAUUUGAUGGAUGUGGCGAACUUCGGAUCAACAUGCUCCCCGGCGUCCGCACAAUUUGUCAAAAACAAGAAUGCGAAGGAGUUUCAAGAACAGUAUCCCCGAGCAGUGGAGGGAAUAAUAAAAAACCACUACGUAGACGAUUUGCUGGAAAGUUACGAAAGCAUAGAAGAGGCGAUCAGAGUCUCUGAGGAGAUGCGGUUAAUACAUGCCAAUGCUGGCUUUGAAUUGAGAAACUGGCUAUCCAACAGCACUGAAGUACUGCACCGUCUCGGUGAAAUAAAACCGUCGUCCAGUCAGGAUAUUAAGUCGAACAGAAAAGAAUUCCAGCGCGUACUGGGGAUGAUGUGGUGGACCAAUGAGGACAUUUUAUGUUUGUCCACAGUAGUACAAGAAGCUAUCCAGAAAUUAAUCGACGAGGGAGAGCGGCCAACCAAGAGACAACUGUUGAAAUGUCUAAUGGUUUUUUUUGAUCCACUGGGCCUGUGGAGCGCGCUGCUUGUGCAUGGGAAAAUUUUGCUGCAAGAUAUUUGGCGAAAAGGAACGCAGUGGGACGAGAAAGUCGAUGAUGCUGAUUUUGAACGUUGGACUCGAUGGGCGAGCCUUUUCCAGGAUAUCGGAGAGAUACGCAUUCCCCGAUGCUAUUUUCAGAAUGCAACCGUUCGCCACUAUCAAAACCUCCAGUUGCAUAUAUUUGCAGACGCAAGCGAAGUAGCUUAUGCCGCUGCAGCCUAUUUUUGGAUCACAAACCCAGACGGUAUAGUGGAGUGCACACUGGUUGCCGCGAAGACGAAAGUGGCACCACUAAAACCUUUGUCAAUUCCUCGACUGGAGUUACGGGCCGCCGUGCUGGGAGUAAGGUUAAUGCAAUUUGUUGAACAGAGCCACAGCGUCAAGAUUCAACAGCGUUUUCUUUGGAGUGAUUCAACCACCGUUUUGUCCUGGCUGCGCGCCGAUCAUCGAAAGUACAAACAAUACGUGGCAUGUAGAGUAGGAGAGUUACUCGAGGCAUCCAACGUACGAGAGUGGCAUUGGGUGCCAACCAAACUAAACCCAGCUGAUAUGGCAACAAAGUGGGGGAAGGGUCCAUGCAAAAACAUAGCUGGCGCUUGGUUCAAUGGGCCGGAGUUUUUGAAAGGUUCCCCAAACGAAUGGCCUCGUGAGAAAACUAAAUUGUUACCCACGGAAGAAGAGUUGCGACCGUGUCACGUACACCGCCAUAUUUCCAUACCCGGAAUGGUGUUCGACCUACAGCGGUACUCACGUCUGUCACGCCUGAUUGGCUCAGCCGCAUACGUACAUCGCGUUUUCGACUCCCGAAAACAAAUGUCGAUCGUGAAAAGACAGAACAGCAGCUAUUUGAGUUCGGAGGAGCUGCUUAAAGGGCAACGGACACUGAUUUGUUUAUCGCAAUGGCAAGCGUUUCCAGACGAAAUGGUGCUUCUAACGCACAACCAACAAAACUCGACGGAUAAACAAUUACAGCUUGAAAAAUCAAGCAGCUUGUACAGGUUGUCGCCUAUGCUUGAUACCUUUGGAAUUUUGCGGAUGGAAGGGCGCAUAACAGCCGCCCCCAACGUGACAGAAAGCUCUAAGUUUCCAAUUAUACUCCCCAGAAAACAUAGAUUUACUUAUCUCAUGUUGGAUGAUUACCAUCGCAGAUUUCGCCAUUGCAACCACGAAACAGUCGUGAACGAGGUUCGUCAAAAAUACUACGUGCCGCAACUAAGAGUUGCCGUGAAGCAGGUCGCUAAAGCAUGCCAAUGGUGUAAAGUGUACAACGUAAAACCCAGCAUCCCCCGAAUGGCACCGUUGCCAGCUGUACGUCUGGCUUCAUUUGAACGACCAUUUACGCAUACCGGUUUGGAUUUAUUCGGACCCUUAGUGGUGAAAAUUGGUAGGAGCAAUGCGAAACGUUGGAUUGCGGUGUUCACCUGCCUUACUAUACGAGCAGUUCAUGUUGAGGUGGUUCACAGCCUCAGCACUAGUUCCUGUAUAAAAAGCAUUCGCAGGUUCGUCGUUCGUCGUGGAUCACCAGCUACUAUUUACUCCGAUAACGGAACGAACUUUCAGGGAGCAAAUAGAUUAUUGCAGGAGCAGAUGGAAGAGCUAGCCAUUACCUUCACCAGCACUUCAACCAAGUGGAUGUUUAUCACUCCCGGUACACCCCACAUGGGGGGCGCGUGGGAGCGCAUGGUGCGCUCAAUAAAAAAUGGCAUGAACGCUGCGUACCAGAGUCAUGCAAAAUUGGAUGAUGAAAGUUUAGAAACACUGGUGAUAGAAGCAGAAGGUAUAGUGAAUAGUCGCCCGCUCACAUAUCUGCCAAUCGCCUCUGAAGAAAGUGAAGCAUUGACCCCGAAUCACUUUUUAUUAGGCAGCUCAAAUGGGGCUCACCAGCUAGUGCCUCAAUCAAGAAACAAUGUGGCCAUAUUGCAAAAGUCUUGGAGUCAAACUGAAUUGUACUUGGCCACCUUUUGGAGGAGGUGGGUACGAGAGUAUUUGCCUACUAUUGCUAAGCGAACGAAAUGGUUUGCGGAGGGAAAACCAAUAACCUCUGGUGACUUGGUUGUUUUGGUAGACGAGGCGAUCAGAAGCACCUGGGAAAGAGGUCGAGUUGUCGAAGUCAUCAGAAGCAGUGAUGGGAGGAUCCGUCAGGCUAUAGUACAAACUGCGAGGGGGUUGAUUCGUAGGGUGGUGAAUAAGCUGGCGGUAUUAGAGGUAGAAGAAAAAUGUAAAACAGACCCAGAGGGUCAGUGUUACGGGGGGGAGGAUGUUGGCUCUGGCGACACUGCUAUGCCAGCUACCAAUAUCUCCGAUAAAGAAGUUGCUACCCAAAACGAAAGUGGAGCUGUCAAGCAGGCGGAAGCAGCAGACGACGAUUAG